AAAAAAGUGUGUCUGAAAGAUAACAGCACCCGGCGGGGGCCACGGACUGCCACACCAGUCCGUCUUUGGUGGUUUCCCGGCACUGACUUUUGAGUCACGAUCUCAGGAUGUACAAAAAAAUAGUAAUUAUAUUACUACUCUCAGGUUAUGCUUCUACUCAAGAGGACCCUGCUUCAACAGCUCAUAAGUCACCAAGUUUGGUUUCCACACAGCAGCCAUCAUUUGUCAUUCCUGAAGCAAGGCAACAAAUUGAGCACAUUUUCUCUGAACCAGAGAUAAUAGGGAUCAUUUAUGCAGUAAUGCUCGGGGUCAUUGUAACUAUCCUCUCAUUUGCUCUCUGUAUUGGCCAACUGACAAAGAAAAGUUCACUUCCUGUCCCAUCUUCACCCCCAGAAGAUGCAGACUCUGAAGUUCUGUAGAAACAAGAAAUCCAGAAAAGUCAUUCAUGAGAAUCGGCUCGUCAAGCCAAAUUUUGGAAGAAGUCAAAGACACAAGACUUCAAUCAAAUGAAAAACGAACAUGUCAGUUACAUACUCCAGUAUAUGGUGUCCCUUCCUAAGCGGGACAACUUCAGGGUGAAAAUUUCAUCGUGAUGAGUCCAGUAACUCAAUGAUGGAAAAUGUCUCUACUCAUUAACAUUUCAAAAUGAAGAACAAUUCUUUCCUUUUAUGCUCGCUUUUGUGUGUUAGCAUUAUUUUUAUAAUUAAUUGAUUUAGAAUUCUGAUCCCCAGACCUCGCUUGGCUUCAUCUGCAGUUCUUUACAACUUAUUCUAUUUUAUUGUAGUUCGCUGAUUGUGCUGUCAAGGGAGAGGCUUGUAACGUCUAGAUGGUAUCUAAGCUCUCAUUCCAAACUUCUGACUCUUGUCAUUGCUUUCAAUAUAUUAAGGGGACCUGAGAUCCUAAUACUUUCUUCCACUGCAAGCUAAGGUAUUACACUGACGAUGAUGAUAUUUUAGUCACACUAAUAAAGCUUGUGCUUGGAGAUGCCUCAUGUAUACAUAUGCAUAAACACAUACAUUAUAGUGUAGAUAGAGAUGUAUAAAAUGACAGUCACAUUCAUCCUCUCAUGCAUAAAUCAACACAAAAAGGUUUUCCCACUUUAAGAAGUGAGAUGUUACACUUGUGUAAAUGACCUAUUUAAAAGACUUUGACAGUCGAGUGUUAACUCUUUCAGGGCACUGACUGAUGCAUUGUGUUCCACAGGCAGUUAUUUCUGUAAGAGGUCAUGGUGUCCUGACAAAGAAAAGAAUUAAUGACUUUUCCUUGCAAACUUAAUAAUUCUCUAAAUGCAGUAUAAUGAAACUUAAUAACGCUAUAAAUGCAAUAAGAUGUGCAAACUUGACAAGCAGGUGAAUAUUGUAAUAGGCUGUUCUGUAUUCUCAAUUAUCUAAUCCAUCCAGUUCUACUUCCCCUUUAAUAAAGCUUUGAAAAUUAGCCUAAAUAAUCCAAAAGAAAUUUCUAGAGACUUCAUGGGACAAAGGCUUUGUAACCAUACAGCUAUCACUCAUUAAUAGUAAAACUUAAAAAGCAAUAUAAAAACAGAGAAGUACCCUCCUACGAUAGUCUAUUGCCAAAGUACUAAAAAUCCAUGUGGCUUUUCAUUGUGUGCUAAUUAAGUAAAUAAUAGUAUGUAGAUAUUUGGGCCCUACAACUUAAAUUUUUUUAAAUAAAUCACAAAAUCUAAAUCUU